UAAGUCACUUUUAUGACAUUGUGUUCUGAGUAAACAGAGCCAAAGAGGAAGUGGAUAAAAUUUCUUAUAUAAAAACACUGUGAAGUUGUUUAUGUGGAAAGAUCCUAGAGUGAAUACAUUAUGUAUUUCCUUCUUAAUACAUAUGGAAAACAUGUACUUGCCCUUCCCAUGUUUGCACUGCCAUCAUGAUUUUAACCCUGAAGAGGAGUGGAUCUUAAAAUGGAUUAUGUGCCGAUGUACUGUAUACAAGUUCAUGACCACACAACAUGCAAGGAGUUAAAUUGAAUUCAACUGAGCUACAAAGUCAUGGUGCCUACUUAUGGUAACUGUUUUCCAAAACUCUUAGUUAAUCUCCAAGGCAGUACUUAAGCAGCAUCCAGCAACAGAGUCUUGAAAGCAUCCUCCUGAAAACAAUCAGAGCAUAUUGAUCGAAACGUUGAGUUGUCAACCACCAGUUCUUUUCAUAACCACCACUACUCAAAAGAGAUUUACACAUGGUGCAUACCGCAAACCUCAUCUUACACUUCCACCAAGUUUCAAGUCCUACUUAAACACUUACCUUUGGAAUGACAGAGAGGCCAUCUUUGUCUGGAGGUCGUCAAACUAUGACGGUCACAGACACCUGGUGGAGUUCCUCCCAGCAAUCAUCGAGGGCUUCUUCACCUUGGCUCUUAGUCUUUAAGCUCUCAAGCUUUGUCAACAUCUCGUGCUUGUUGGCUUUCCUUUGACGUCAGUUUAUUAAUUUCAAAGAUGACAACCUUCCGAGAAGUAAGGGUCGUUUCUCCUCUGUGGAUAUAAAAACCCGGAGUUACUGAAAAGUUUUCAGACAUGGAGGUACUGAUUUGUACCCCCAAAAACACUUUUUCAAAUCUUUUCUAACUAAGAAACUGGAAGUACCACACUGAUUGAAGUUUCCGAAGUCGGAAUUCUGCUCCUGUUCUUAAAACUUUGUUGACCGGCAAGUUGGUGUUCCUUUACGUUAGCUGAGCCGCAGAGUAAUUUUUUUAGCCGUCCCUCUUGGAGAUUGGGAAGCCCUUCAUUAAAGCAGUGCAUAAGAACCCCUAAAAUAGCCAAGAUAGUCCCCGGGACAGAGAGGGGGGGAGGUAGCAGAGAGGCAGUUGAUUGAAACUUCCGCUGUGCGGCCGACUCAUUCCUUCGGUGGGGGGUUAAUGAGAUGAAUCAACACGUGAUGAUUACAAGAAAGUCUUCGUCCCGACGUGGUUUUUACAAGGGACAUUUGACAGAGAGCUACAUCUCCGACAUGGAUCGCACUACCAAGGCACCGAGAGCCAAAUACACCCAUCGGCGUCAACGCAGCGAUGAGACCUGUAAUAUACAGACCAAGGAGAGUUACCCGCAUCGAAGGAUGAACGAUCGGACCCGUGACGGCACAAUCCACAAGGGAUGGUUGAAGAAGCAAGGUGGGCCGUUCAAGACUUGGCAACGACGAUUCUUUGUCUUGAAAGGAGACUACAUACACUACUCUCUGAGAGAGGAUGACCCUCGACCUUUAGGGAGUAUCCCAUUGAGGAAUAACAAGGUGGAGAAGCGCCAGCAGAAUCUGGAUGAGCCUGGAAAACAUCUGUUUGAGAUCCUACCAGGAAGUGAGGGUCAGGGAAAGAUAGCAGGCAACCAUGAUACCUUCAUCUUGUGGGCGAGUAGCAUUCAAGAAGCAGAUGAAUGGGUGCAGGUCAUCCGACGAGCCAUCUACAAACAGAAAGGCGGAGGAAUAUUUGGUCAGAGUUUGCUGGACACCAUCACGAAUGAAAGUACAACGAGUACCAAGCAGAUCCCAUCCAUCGUGGAGCAAUGUGUGGAGCAGCUCAGGGAGAGGGGACUGCAGGAAGAAGGGAUCUUCAGGUUACCAGGACGUGUCAGCCUUAUCAAAGAGCUCCAGGAGAGGUUUGAUUGCGGCGAGAAACCUGACUUCACAGCCAUGAACACUGACAUCCACACCGUGGCUUCUCUCCUAAAGCUCUACCUUCGUCUCCUCCCAGAGCCCCUCAUCCCCUGGCAGCAUUACAAGAGCUUCUACGACGGCAUCAAGCUUCAUAUACGCAACGAGGAUGAAGGACGUAAGGAACUCAUCCAGCAACUUGCGCUCCUCCCCCGCACCAACUACAACCUACUGAAGUACCUCUGUGAGUUCCUCCUAGACGUGCAGGAGUACGAGUGUUACAACAAGAUGGGGAUGUUGAAUCUGGCGACUGUCUUCGGCCCGAAUAUCUUCCGACCGCCGCUUGAGAAUGCGACAUCCCUCAUGGAGACAACAUCCAUGAGCCAGAAAUUCCUGUUUCUUCUUAUCCGAGAGCACGAUGUGAUGUUCCCACCGAACAAUCAGAUUGAUUUCAGGAAUAAGUCGGAUCCCACACCUCCUCCUCGUAAAGGAGUACGGAAUGUGCCAUCCUCGCCAGUUAGCCUGGACUUAUUGAAAGAGCUCCAGAGCAAGGCUGCGCCAGUCCCUGCUCCCAGAGAAAGGAAGGACGGACUUAACCAUGAUAGCCUCUUGAUAGACUUGGGUCCAGCCGAUGAUUGGAUUAAAGUCUCCGCGGAUGCUGCUUUCACAAAGCGUAGUUACAGUGUGGACGGUGCGUUCGGUUUCCAUGAUGACAGGUCGUCGAUAUCAGACUCCAGCACUUUGGAAACGAGCAGUGAACACUUAAGUGGUAACUCUGAAGUGGGUUCGAGGAAUGCCUCGGUGAUAGACUUAGAUUCGACUAUCACAUCAACGUCCCCCACAGCAUUACAGUUUAGCAACCCCAAGUCAUUAAGUGAACUUCAUCCCGCGCUUGCCGGCGCCGGCCCUGCCAAGAGCGUCUCCCCGAAGAGAAAUUCCAACUCCAUGGGCGUCGACCUGACCUUAGGGAUGCCUGAGAAUGGUACACUUCGUUCCACAGGGGAGACCACUCCAUCUCGUUUAGAACUUAUUGACGAGAUACGGAAGUUGAAGUUAGAUAAGCGAACUAGGCAGGAAGAGCACGAGCAGAAGCUUGUCAAGUGGAAGAUCAAAUGCGAGGGGCUUCAUAUUCAACUUGAUAAUGAGGAAUCAGGCAGGAAGGCAGCGGAGGAACGAAACAAGCAACUCCUGAAGCAGUUAAAUGCAUUCAUCAAUGAGUAUGGACCCAAAUGAUCUCUGCUUCUAGAGAAAAUUCAACCCCAGAGGAUGUCGGAUAGAUCAGUGUCAAUGCAAAUUCUGAUUUGGGAUAUUCGUUGGCGCUGCCAUUUUGGCUGUAUGGCAAAUUGCAAAUUACCCAUAGAUUGAUCUGGUACAAAGAGCUUUACACUUAUGCCACAUGUUACAAAUAUUGUUUCUUCAUCGCUCUUUUAGUGUUUUUUUUUCUUCUUUUCUUUUUCAAAUCUACUUCUGGUAAUGAAACCAAGGAUUACUCAUAACUAAACUUAAUCACUGUAGCUCACAAGCCUGAGGAAACCUGUAAACAAGGGUUCUUGUGAACCAGCAUCACUGGUGUAAACCCCUUUUACUUCAACGACAACUGUUCUGAGUUCCUUUAUGUGCACUACCAAAUAAAAAAACAAGGAUGGCCCCCAAAUAGAAAUCACUGUCUGUGAAACAAGUGUGUCUUCAGUAGUUUCUUGAAUGAGUUUGCUCUGUCAGUAAGUGAUUUUGACAGGGCCGGUUGAUCUCCUGCUUCAAAUUACCAUUUUCAACAAUAUGUUUUUCUGUGAACUUAUUAGAUGGUUUAGUUGCUACGGAUGCUUGCCAAAUACAGUUGUAUUUCUUGCAGAAAAAGAACCUACUCAUCAUUUUGUCAGUAAGUGAGCUGAGUCAGACUUUUAUUUAAAUUCAUACCUUUAAAAUCUGUCUCAUAAAGUACCAAUACAUUUUGUAUUUUUCUCAAAAUUAAAUAAGUCGGACUCUUGAUCUACUUUUCUGACACUAUGAUAACACUAUUCCCAAAAGCUCUUUGGAAUCAAUAACUUCAGGGGUUAUCGAAUUUGCUACCCUAAUUUUGGCAUUGCCGAUACUCUGUUUAUACAAAGGAAUCUGAUAUUUUUGUAAUAAUAGAAUUUAUAUGCAUCAUAAAAUUAUUUUUUUAUUAAAAACUUCAUUAAAUGAAAAUUGAAAACACCUGGAAGUAUAAGUGCCUACAAUUUAAACUAUCCAUAAAUUUUGUAAGAUAUAUUUAGAUAACUUUUUUGAAGCAUUAUUUUUAAUUAUCAAUGUAUCACAAUAUGACUAGGUUUAAUGUGAAAUAUAUUGUUAAAUUUACUGUUCUUAUUGGAAACACUGUUGUAUAGCGUAGUUCUAUUGCAAAUUAUGUAAAUUUGAGACAUGCUUUUAGUAUUCUUUAGUGGGCUCAAAGCAGCAAAGUUGAAAAAUAUAACAGGAAAUGGUGUAGUUUUAUUAAAGGCAGUGGACACUUUUGGUAUUUACUCAAAUAAUUAUUAGCAUAAAACCUUUCUUGGUGACGAGU